AUGUUUCACAUAAGCCUUGAAUGCCAUCCGCGGCAGAUUGGCAAUCAUAACGUAGCCUUUGGCUGGCGCGAUUCUCAGGAGUUCCUGGAUGACUUUUCGGCUACUUUGCUGCCAGAGGCGAUAUGCGACGAGUGUGCGGUUACCGCGCGGUAUCAGUCGUGUGUGCGUGUGGCUAACUCCUCCCAGCAGAUUCAGACAGCUACUUUGGCUGAAGAGAGACUUUCUGUUCAUGGCAGAGGGCACCCAGCGGUUCAGGCACCCUGUCAAAGCAGCAGCCAGCCAUCUUUGAAACGCCAGCAGGCGCUGGUGCCGUGGAGGGUGAGUCAUUCCACCAUUGCAGUACGGCCGUCGGAGGCCAGCGCGGCCCGGCCGCUUCAACAGUGUCCCGAGACCAAGCGGCGCAAGAUAUUACUGCUUUUCCGGUUGUGCUGCGAGAUUUUCCUUGACAUCGGAGAGCUCGGUUUCCCAAACCUGAACUGGGAGGACCCAGUGGCUGUCGGUGCUGCGUCAGACCUCGUUCUGCGAGCGGCCCUUCGCUUGAGCGAGGCACGAAUUGGCAUGCUUGCGGCAACGCUGCGACGCUGGUGCAAGUGGUGUCUUCAACAACGUGUCUCGGCUUCAGAACCGGCCCACGCAGAGCUGGCUCGUUUUCUUGAAGAGGUCAGCCGUGGUGGGCCCACAGCAGCAUCCUCAGUUUACCAGGCCCUUCUGUGGCUGAAUCAGAACCUGGCAGCAAGGCUACCGUUGGAUCACUUUAUGGUACGCCCGUUUCGAUUCUAUGCCUUGGGCCACGUGUUCCGCAGCUCUUGCUUUGCUGUAUUCUGCAAUCGGCAGUGUCCUGUGUUCGGUGCGCCCACGCUCAACGUUCUAGACUUGUCGCGGACCAGUGCGCGUGGUUGGAGUUCGAGUGCUCUGAGGGAAAGAGCCGCCGCUGUGGAGUACGGCCUCCUUACAGGUGGGCCACGCCGUCUGUCGUCUUUGGUGAUUUUCCUGUUGCAGCACUUGCGAGAUGCCCCUUUCCUGUGGCCUGCGGUUGAGCUGAAGCAGGAGGACCUCUUUCAGGUGGUGGAUGGCUCUCGCCUUUUGCUUCACAAGAAGCUCCCUGGCAAACUCUUGCUUGAGUAUCUUCGUGGGUGCCCGCAGCGUUGUGGAGUCGCGCUUGCUGCAGCUGGGGCGCAGGCUAUUGGAUCUUCGCUUGAGCUUCCUAAGGGAGGCGAGUCUGGUGAGCGAGGCAAGAAGCAGGAGAGGAUGGCAGUGCGCUAUUCUGGUCAGCGAGUCCUGUCCAGCAAUGAGGCCAAGCAGCGCGUCUUGACGGCUCUACUUAGGCACCCCUUGGCGCAGAGUGGCGUGUCGAACCAGCUAGCUCCUGCUUCCUUCUGCUGGCAUCAUAUCAGGCAGCAGCCUGAAAGCACUGAGAAGCCUCGGCCGGCAUCUUCCUCCUCUUCUGAUCCGGCGAGCUCUUCAUCGUGUGAGGAUGAUCGACACUGGGCUGAUGUGGCUUGCUUGGCUGAGACUGCUUGGUUUCUGCAGGGCCAACGGGAGUACGUCAUGUGCAGCCUCACUGCCGCAUUGGACUUCGCAGAUUUCGCCCUUAGGCGGGGCAUGAUCGCAGAGCGUGCACUCCGUGAGGCCAUCCAAGAGCGUGACAGGUGGGCCAUCACGGCAUUUACGAACAUGCACGUCUUCUCUGCGCCAUCCACCUUGCAGCAGCUUUCGGAUUUGGGUUUCCCGUAUCCUCAUGCAGUUGGCGACUUGCCUGUACCCAGGCGUGAGGCAGAUCGCCAGGAACAUCUGCGGCAUUUUAGUGGGAGGUGGUUCUCCCUGUCAGGGAACAGCGCGCUAAAUAAGCGCCGGCGUGGUUUGGACGAUCCGCGCUCGAACCAGCCUGUGCUCCUUGCCAAUUUGGUCCAAGCCUUGCGAGACCAUGAGCUUACGGCUUCGUGUGAUGUCAUCGCUCUUCUGGAAAAUGUGGGCAGUUGCCCCGCAGAAGUACGCGAGCAAUACACGUCAUGGAUGGGCACGCCUCCGGUGCGCCUAAGUGCCUCUGAUUGCGGCUGGGCCCAACGUGACCGCCUUUAUUGGCUGGCCGCCGUGAACAAGGCUUGCGCCCCGCAUGCGGUUCUCCUCCGCCAAAUUGGUGCCAAGCCCAUUCCAGCCAAGAUCCAUUGUGAGCAGGGAUUUGCCAUUGUCAAUGACCCACAGGCCGUGAUGCAGGGUUGGUUUCCAUGCCCCUGCCCAGUUGAGUCUGCCAUCCUCACCCGUGUGCAGCAGACUGUGUGGGAGCCAGGGCGCCUUCAGGCCAUGCCAUCCACAUUGCAGGCAGACCAUGUGGUGGCAGGUAUGCAGGCCCAGCUCAGCUGUUUUGAGGCAUUUGCGGCCUUUCAGCUUUCAUCUGGCCACCCUUGGAGGGAGUUGCCUCCCACUCCUAUCGGCGCGCAAGAGAGGGCAUUGAUCUAUGCAGGUGUGACAGGCCAGCGCUAUAGCUCUGAGAGCGCAAAGGGCCUGGAUCACUUGUUGCCGCCUGGGCUGGGUAAGCAUGGCCAUGUCCAGGCCUCUGCUGCAUUGCCAUCUCCCUUUGCGCCGUGCGCAUGGCCGGACGCAGAUGUGGCCUUUAUGGCCCACACCAUUGGCACUUGGCGUGAGCUCCUGCCCAUCCUGGCGCAGCGCCAGAGACGCGUCUUUCAGACAAUUGUUCGGGCUGUGCAGCCGCUCCAAACAAGGCUAGCCCAGUUGCGCUGUUGCAGCGCUCAGCGUGUUGCUGCGUCGAAGGAUGCUGCAGCAAUUUCGUGCUUUACGACAUUGUUGCGUUGGCCGGACGUGUGGCAGGCGCAAGAGAUGAUCUUGGGAUUCCCGAUUGUGGGGGAGGAUGCCGCUACAGCUGUCCAGCGCAUCAUGGAAAGCAGUCCACCAAGGGACGCUGCUGAGAUUCAGCAGGUGACGGAAGCCGAACAGGCAAAGGGCUUUUGUAGCCCUUGGCUUACCAAGCGUGAGCUCGAUGCGCAGUAUGGUAUUGGGGGUUGGAGGCCCUUGGAGCGCUGUCUGAUUGAGCAAGCUGAUGGCAAGCGACGUGUCAUUGAUAAUGCACGUUCCACAGGGCAUAAUCGCCACACGGCCAUGGCUGAAACGAUUCACACUGUGAAUAUUGAGUUCAUCGCUGCAGCUGCCCGUCAAGUUUGCGAUUGCCUGCCGCAGCAGGAGCGCCCUCCUGUUGAGGAGUCAUCGUGGUUGCGUUUUCGCUUGGCCACGGAUGACUUGCCAGAUGCUUAUCGAGGCCACCCAGUGAAAGACGAGCGUCUGCGCUUUUCAGUUGUGGCUGUUUUCGUGCAGGGUGCAGGUUGGCGCUUCACGAUCCUGUAUGGGCAGGCCAUCUCUUCAGGCACUCUUUCCAGGGACAUGGCAGGCAAGCUCCGCGGUGACCUCCUUUGGUUGUUCUCAGCAACUUCAGGCUACGGGGCUAGGUAUGCCGCGCCACUCUUGGCAGAGCAACAGGCCAACGAGUCUCCGUUAGAUGCUACAGCUGUUGCUACCCUGCGUGCCCUUUUGGCCAUGGUGCAGUCAGCCCCUCCUCGAGAGUUCUUUGUGCAUCCGGUGUCCAAGCCGGUUGACCGUGUGUACACUGACGCAUCAUUUGAAGACUCCCAGCUGCGCUUGGGCUGGAUUGUGUUUCCAGCAGAUGCAUCCCGCCCCUUUGGAGGCACCAGUCGUGAAGCUGACGUCCACGAGAUCGUCCACUUCUCCGCAGUGCUACGUUGCCGCUUCCAGACACCAGUCUGGUGGGAGUGGGUUGAUUCGGAUAGUAACCCAUCGGAUGGACUAAGCCGUCUUGGCUUGCAAUGA